ACAGCUAUGUCUCUCCUCCUGCUGGUGGUCUCGGCUCUUCACAUCGUCAUCCUUAUACUGCUUUUUGUGGCCACUUUGGAUAAGUCUUGGUGGACGCUCCCUGGGAGAGAGUCCCUGAACCUGUGGUAUGACUGCACGUGGAACAGCACCAGGGAAGCGUGGACCUGCAGUGAUGUCAGCCAAAACGGCUGGCUGAAGGCGGUGCAGGUCCUCAUGGUGCUUUCGCUCAUCCUCUGCUGCCUGUCCUUCAUCCUGUUCAUGUUCCAGCUCUACACCAUGCGGCGAGGAGGGCUCUUCUAUGCCACCGGCUUCUGCCAGCUUUGCACCAGUGCUGGCAUCUACGCAGGAGUCCUGGUGGCACAUCAGUUCAGCGCUCACCCGCUGACCAAAAGUUUGGAGGUGUGA